AUGAGAACCUGGGCACGAAGCGAUGAGCGCGAGAAGCUACUCGUGUCGCUGCGCGCGGAGGUCCAGGAGUCACUGCGAGGCAAGAAGAAGAAAAAGGAUAAGGAGGACUCAAAGUCCAAGGUGCCCAUACAUCUUGAUCGGAAGCUGGCACUUCUCAAGCUGCGGGACAUCUCUUCCACUGGCUUGCGGGAGAUGCUGUGGCACGACGAGGAGGUGCAGAAGAUCCUUCUGUGGUCCGUGGAGGAGAGUCAGCCGGAGCUGGCCCAGGUUCUUGCACUGGCGAUCUUCGUACAGCUCACCUCAUCUGCCCGGAACUGCGAAGCACUCCUGCACAACGAGGAGGUGCGUGCCAGCCUCAUCCGAAGGGCGCAAGAGUCUGGCGAGGUGGGAGAGAAGGCCUUGUUGGCACUCAAAGGCCUCACAAUCGCCGCCUUCCAGGGGGACUAUGAGGACGUUCGGAAUGUGCUCGGACUGGCCGCUGGCAAAGGGCGCAUGCCAUCACAGCGGAUCGAGGUCUUUCGAGCUCUCUGGAGCGCGGCGGUCGUCUCUGAAAGUCCAGAGCUUUUCUUUGGCAACACACGCAUUUGGCCCACGGUCUGUGAGAGUAUCGAGCCCACGGAGCCUGCUGAAAUUCGAGAGAAUGUUCUUGGCCUACUCGGAGCUUUAACACAGCAGGCGACAGGUCCCCACUUUGUGUGGCACGAUGAAGGCUUGCGCGAGCAUCUCCUUACGAGCACGACGCGAUCGCAGCCAAGCACUGUUCGCAGUAGAGCUCUGAUGGCUCUUGCAGGCAUUGCCCGAGAGCCCGAGAUGCGAUCUGCCAUUUGGGCCUACGUGUCGGUGGAUGCGACCAGGAAGCUGACGGAGGAUGAGGAGGAAGACGUCAGACACGCUUCAAGCGGAAGGAAGCGGACUAGAACUGCAAGCGACGUGUCGGAUGUAGACGCCGCCUCAGACCACCCUGAGGCGAAAAACGCAGCAGAGAUGGAGAAGCCUUCGAUGAAAGACAGUCUGCUUGCGGCUGCUUCCAGAAUCGAGCUCUGCACAGUCCGGUCGCCCGCCUUGAAAGUGUUGCUCGAAAUUUCCUUCGAGGAGGAGUUCAUGAUGGAGUUGGUGGACAGCGGCGUCGCAGAGCUCUUGCUGGAUGCGUUCCACGAUCAGCGGCUGCAGCCUAAAGAGCGCAAGCUCUGCCAGCAUGGCCACAACCGCAUCAUUGAAUGGAACGAGGCGCGCAUCGCAGAAGAGCUUCGGCUUGAAAGAGAGUGCGAAGCUCGAGAGAGAGCCGCGAUGCUUUGGGAGGAGGACUACCAGGUUGUACUUCGGGAGGCACCUGAGAUGAAGCGUGCAGAUGAAGAAAGCUUUGCCUCCGAGGAGUGGUCGAAGGCUGAUCGGGAGUUGAAGGCCAUGGUAAAGGAGGAUGACUGGUCUUCAGAAGUGAACAAGUACUUGAAGUUCCUACUGGAGAUGAACCGACAGUGCAUGGAGUUGGAAGAUGAGCUAUCCCAUCAGGUUCGAAAGCAGGAAGAGGAAAGGCUUUUUGCGUCCAAGAUCGCAGCCGCUCGCGAGCGUGCAGCUGAAGCAGCGAUAGCUGCUGCCGGGGCCAUGAAGCGCGUGGGCGGCGAUGCGGUUCUUCAAGCUCGAGAUGCUGGAGAGGCGGCUGGCGCGGCGGCCGCCAAACUUGGCAUGGGGCCCUUUAUCCAAGCAGCCUUUGCAGGCUCCCAAGCAGCCUCAGCAGCAAGCAUCAAGCAGAAGCAGCCACUUUCACGAGCGGAGCAACUUGAUGAAGCUUCAAAAGCAGCGAUGCUCGUGGCAGACCGCUGCGGCAUGACAUCGCAAGAGAAGGAGAUGAUUGCUGAAGCCACUGUCGCCGCCAAAGACGCGGCGCAUCUUGAUAACGAAAGCGACAUUGCAAUGUGCUUUGCAGUCGCCUUGGCAUCCCGGUUAAGUUUGACCGACGAAGCCAGAAUCGCAGUCACAGGUGCCACAAGUGUCGACAAUGACAACAGCUCUUCGGCGUGCACCUUCCCUGGGGUAUUCUCAAUUAUGACCUCAUGGUUUCGUGGUGCACCUAAACCCCAGAUACAGUUGACAAUGUUGAGUUUCAAAAGAUGCGGUGAUGCAAGCGCCAGGUGUAGCAUCGUUUGGCCGUUUCCGUUGCAGAUGAAGGAAUUGCUAGCAGUCGCGCUUUGGUGGUCGACGCUUCCAAGGAAAUGA